CUGGUCGAGCAGUCGAGAUGAAUGAGUUCUUUGUGCAUCACUUUAAAAAUCCCAGGCAAUUCAGACAUGAGCUGAAAAUAUACAAAUUCUCCAUACAUUUAUACAUUCUUGUUUACGAUAAGAACAAUUUUACUUGCAUAACUGUUGUUACGUCAGAUGGGAUUGUUUAUUAAAAAUGGGAUAGACUGGUGAUAAAUACUGGAAGGAAUAAUGGAGAAGUCUGAUUGUCGUACCAGUGGAUUUUGCGGGAAAAAGAUUCAUUCUGAGGGUAAGAGGAUCAUGUACAGGGGCCUCUCGUCGCUUUGGGGGGCUGGGGUUGUCUACACGUGGCUUGCAGUUAUUAAUAUUGCUGAAGGGGCUCCAGCAGCGGUUUCUCGAGACCCAGACCCUCGAGGGGGUUCGGUAGACCAAGAAACAUUGCGACAAGUGACAAUUCUGAUGCGACAUGGGGAGAGGGCACCUGUCGAUACUUAUCCCGAGGAUCCUUACAUCAAUAAUUCCAUGGCACCUUAUGGAUGGGGUCAAUUAACUAAUAAAGGUAGAUUAAACGUAUACAACAGUGGUGCGUUUCUCCGCCACCGUUACGACCACUUCCUGGGUGAAUCCUACAGUCCAAAUAAAUUCUGGCUGCAAAGUACAUCAUCAGACCGAACGAUCAUGACAGCAAUGAUUUUGUCCUCUGCCCUCUGGAAGCCCUCAGAGAAGCAGAUGUUCAAGCCAGAGCUGUCCUGGCAGCCAGUGGUCCUCCAUUACUGGACAAGGAUCGAUGAUCAGUUAUUAAUAAUCUGGAACGCGUGUCCAAAAUUGACAUUGGAACGAUUGCGAGUGGACAAUUCCACGAAAGUUCGUCAAUUCAACGAGAAAAAUCGAGAAAUGUACGAGGAAAUCGAGAUCUUGACAGGAAAAUCUAUAAAAACAGCUGAGGAUAUCGCUGAUCUGUACGGCACAUUGCACGCUGAGGAGCAAAUGGACAAUCUGGUGCUCCCCCCGUGGACUGAAGAGUACUUCCCCGACAGAAUGCUGCCUGCAGUGAUCAUGAGUUACGGAAUGAAUGUAUUCACCGAGGAAUUGCAAAAACUGGCUGGUGGACCCUUCGUUAAAAAAGUCCUGAGGACGAUGGAGCAGAAACGAGAUGGCACCCUGACCCCAGCAGACAGGAGAAUGUUCGCUUAUGUGGCUCACGACAGUACAGUCGUCAAUGUCCUGAGUGCUCUGGAGUUAUGGGAUGGAAAAGCACCCGGAUAUUCCUGCAUGAUUAUCCUGGAACUCCACGAGGAGAACAACAGAUGGAAUGUCCAGAUAUUCCAGAGAAACGCCCCCGACUACGAGACCCAGCCCCUGAAGCUGAGAAACUGUGAUAUCGCCUGUCCACUGGAGAAAUUCGCCAAAAUAGUGGCAAAUGUCCUACCGGGAGAUUACUCCGAGGACUGCAGAGUACCUGACCCCAACUACAUCAUCCCACCACCUCCACCAGCCUAACUAAACCAAAGAAAAUCUUAAAAUAGAUCUAGUAACCAAAUCCCAUCCAAAUAACCCUUGAAUUCUUUACCUCAAGUGAAUUUAAUCUAGAGCAGUAAUCAACAGCAAGAGUUGACGACAAAACGCAACGAAUUAUUAAAUUAUUCAUGAAACGUGUAAGAUUUAUAAUUAAGUUUCAUUAAUUAAUUGAAUAAUUAAAUAAAAAGAAAACUAUAAACUCA